CGUGUUGCAGAGGUGGAGGAUGAGAAUGAGACGGGUUCAGCUGGCUGAUGAGCAAAUAAGGCACAUCAAGAUCACAGAAUCCACUCAAUCAUGGGUGGCUUCAAUUAAUUGAUUAGAUCAAUAGUUUUUUUUUUCCUCUCUCUCUCUUUUCCAACCAUAUUUCCUUUUUUAUUUGAAGUGUAAUAAUCUCUUGUUUUUUUUUUUUUUUUUUUUUUUUUGUAAUUGGAGGUAUUUAUAAUUCACCUUUUUCUCCACCAUCUCCGAAGCUCCAACCUUUACCAUUUCUUUUCCUCUCCCUUGUUUCCCCCGUUUCUGUCGGCUUUCCUCGCACCAUCCGAUCGGGAUUUGUCGAUGUAGUUGGUAUUUGCGUGUUUCUACCUUUGAUUUCUGGGUUUAUUUGAGCGCUUGAGUCCGAUUGAAGCUUGAGAUUUUGUAAUCCAUCUAAAGGAUCUUCUUUUACUUUGCUUUUCCCUGUUAGAUUUGUUUUUUUUGGAGCUGUUUCUUCUCGAUUCCUAUCGUCGGUGUUGAUUUGUGCUCUUUGAUCGUGUUCGGGCUUCGAUCGGUUGUGCUCCGCUCGAUUAUCGGAAAAAGUUGAUCUCUCCGAAGAAAUUCAGAAUGGCUGGAGAAAGCUGUAACCUUGACAAAGACGAAGCGGAGAUCUUCAAGUCCUCUUCCUCUCCCUCUGCUUCUCCGCCACCGCCUCCGCCUCCAGCAUCACCGUCUUCCCCACCCCCGACUUCUGUUCUCCCAAAAUCCUGCGAGGAUUCCCCUAUCCAGAGAUCGGAAUCGCCGGCCCCCAAAAAGCCAAUCGCGGCUUCUUCCACGCCGAUUCUCGACGAGGAAUCCUCGAAGCCGGGAGAGGAAUCCCAGCCGCCUGUUAGAUUCAGCAACAGGUGCUCCGCCUGCCACAGAAAGGUCGGUCUCACCGGAUUCCGGUGCCGAUGCGGCGAUCUCUUUUGCGGCCGCCACCGUUACUCCGAUGCUCACGACUGCUCCUUCGAUUACAAGGCCUUUGGGAGGGAGGAGAUCGCCAGGGCCAACCCUGUGAUUAAGGCUGCCAAGAUCAUCAAGAUCUGAAGAUCGACCAUGGAAAUAUGUCUCAGUGGCUGUGUUAUAUCUGUGGACGCAGUGUAGGGUGGAAGAUAAGGUUAGUUGAAGCGUAGCAUGGAAAUGACCGCCAGUGUGGGCUCAAGCUUCUGAUGGCAUUGAUGAAGGCAGACUUGCUAGGCCUGGAAAAACUGAUAGGACUGGAAGUGGGCUCAGGGCUAACGAGAUGGGGAUCUUUCGACUCACAAGAUUUAGGUUUGAUGCCUUUAAUAUUGAUGGACCAAGUGAAUGAUUUCGAUGUAACUUUGAUCUGAUCUGCUUUUAUAUUUGAGUAUGGUGCUUAUUUUUCA